UCAAACCUAGAUCGGCUCAUAAACGAGUUGUUGAAUUCUGGAAAAAACUUGAUGAAGCAAGAAUCAUUUUCCCACUGUCAGAUCCUGAUUUAUUAAAUCCUGAAUUUUAUAAUCAUUUUGAUUGCAAAAGUGAAAAAGAUUUAGAAUAUAACCUACGACCCUUUGCCAAAGUUAAGAAUAAUUCAUUUGCUUGUGAAAAAAAAGGUGUAAAUUUUAAUAUGGAUCAACUAUUUGCUGCAUCUGAAGGUUAUUCAAAUGGCUGCAGAGGAAUUUUAUGUCUUCCAGAUGAUAUUUUUUUUCUGGGAGAUAAAAGAUUUGGAUCAUUGCUUUUAAUACGGGACUGCUAUUUACAACUCAUUAAGGAGUUCAAAAAUGACAUAUCCAAAUUUGGAUCUAUUAUCACAGGUACACCUGGAAUAGGAAAGACGUACUUUGGGCUAUUCCUUCUAUAUUAUAUUCAUUUAAAUCAUCCAAAAGCCACCAUAGUUUGGCAAUUAGCUAUCUCAGACAUCCAUUUCAGCUACCAGUUCAUGCCAAAUGGUGAUGUUCAAGAGGGGAGCAUUGACUUAUUUCGUGAUGCAUUGACCAAUGAGAGCAAUUACUACAUUUUAGAUGCUCAAAAACCUGAAAAUUCCAGUGCUUAUACUAUUUUGUUGACAUCUCCUAAGAGAGAAUUAUAUAACAAUAUAUUUAAACAAAGAGGUAAUACUAAAUAUUAUAUGCCCAUUUGGAGUAAUGACGAAAUAAAUACACUCUGGAAUGUUUAUUACAAGGAAAUGAAAGGUUAUAAUGGUAAUCACUUUACAUAUGAUGAAGUUAUGAAACGAAUAGGCAAAUGGGGACCAAUACCCCGAUCAGUUCUUGAAAAAUGGAAUGACAAAUUAUAUGGUGACACUGAAUUUGAUCAGCUGAUUAAAGAAACUGAUUUGAUGAAAUGUAUGCAAUCUAUUAAUGAAGAGGGAAUGUCAAAAGAUUCUGCUAGUGGCAGACUUAUCCAUAUCAAUGUGUGUUCAGAUUUUAGAACAUAUAAAUUCUGUUUUGCAUCACCAAUGGUUUCAGAAAAACUUAUCAUUACUCAUCAACUUAGAAACCAUAAUAAACUACAUGAUUUUAUUUUAAGUAGUUUCAGUGAACCACAAACUUCUGGACUUCGUGGUAACCUUUUUGAAGAAUAUGCCCACAGACAGUUGCAAAAGGGUGGUAAAUUUAAAAUUUCCCAACUUAAUAGAGGUGUGAAAACAAGAACAACAUCAACAAUGUAUAAAGAAAUAGACAAGUUGAAAUACAAUUGGUUUGAUAAGAUAGAUGAUGUACUCCAGGAUUCUUACAAUAGACCUCAAUCAAAAAUAUUUGAAUCAAUUGAUUCUUUUAUUUUUAACCAUCAUGAGAACUCCUUAGAUUUAUUUCAAGUUACAAUAUCGACAAAACAUGGUGUAAAGGUAAAGGGAUUAGAGAAGAUCAAACAACAUUUGUGGAGUGGUAGUGAUAUUAAAUUAUAUUUUGUGGUACCAUCUGACAAAUUUGAUGAGUAUCCUUGGCAAAGUUAUCAUACUGCCAAUAACUUGGUUAGUUCUGGUCAUUCGCAGUGGAUUGAUAAUAUACCACAAUAUGUACUGGAUAUCAAUCUGCAUGGCAGUACAUUAAUGAGUAAUACAACUAAUGAGAGUAAUGAGAGUGAUGAAAUG